UUGCACCACCUGCUUCCCCAGCUCUUUCAAGUGCCUGGGAAUCAGCAAGGCCUCGCUUCUGACAAGGCUGUUUGGAGCUGCGGACUAAGGAUGGCAGUUUUCAGGCUGGGGGACCAUGUGUGGCUGGACCCUGCCUCUGACAGGGAGAUCGCUGUGGCUAUUGGGGCAAUCAUCAGAGAAACAAAGCCAGGCAAGAUCUUGGUGGAGGACGACGAAGGGAAGACAUACACAGGCUCCAUCCUGGUGGCCGUGAACCCAUUCCAGGACUUGCCCCUCUACACCAGGGAGCAGGUCCAGCUGUAUUACAACCAUCACGUAGGCGAGCUGCCACCCCACGUGUUUGCCAUCGCCAACAGCUGCUACUUCAACAUGAAGAGGAACAAGAGGGACCAGUGCUGCAUUAUCAGCGGUGAGUCUGGGGCUGGGAAGACAGAGACCACCAAGCUCGUCCUGCAAUUUCUGGCCACUGUCAGUGGCCAGCAUUCCUGGAUUGAGCAACAGGUCCUUGAGGCCAACCCCAUCCUGGAAGCCUUUGGAAAUGCCAAGACAGUCCGAAAUGACAACUCAAGUCGCUUUGGGAAGUACAUUGACAUCUACUUCAACUCAAGUGGGGUGAUCGAGGGUGCGCAGAUCGAGCAGUUUCUCCUGGAGAAGUCCCGGGUCUGUCGGCAGGCCCAGGAAGAACGCAACUUCCACAUCUUCUACUGCAUGCUCAUGGGGAUGAAUGUUGAGGAGAAGAAACUGCUAUCACUGGGGAUGCCCUCCGAAUACCACUAUCUGACCAUGGGGAACUGCAGCUCCUGUGAGGGUCUCAGUGAUGCCAAGAACUACGCCCACAUCCGCUCGGCCAUGAAGAUCCUCAUGUUUUCCGACUCCGAGAACUGGGACCUAAGCAAGCUGCUGGCAGCCAUUCUCCACUUGGGAAAUGUGGGGUUUAUGGCUGCCGUCUUCGAGAACCUGGAUUCCUCAGAUGUGAUGGAGACGCCCAGUUUUCCCAUCCUGACGAAGCUGCUGGAGGUGCAGCACCAGGCGCUCCAAGACUGCCUGACCAAGCACUCUAUUGUUAUCCGUGGAGAGUUUGUCAUUAGACCCCUGAACGUCUCCCAGGCCACAGAUCGGAGGGACGCCUUUGUCAAGGGCAUCUACGGGCACCUCUUCUUGUGGAUCGUGAAGAAGAUCAAUGCGACCAUCUUCACUCCACCUUCCCAGGACCCCAAACUGGUGCGAAGAGCCAUUGGUCUCCUAGACAUAUUUGGCUUUGAAAAUUUUCAAAACAACAGCUUCGAGCAGUUCUGCAUCAACUUGGCCAAUGAGCACCUGCAGCAGUUCUUUGUGCAGCACGUGUUCGCCAUGGAGCAGGAGGAGUACCAGACGGAGAGCAUUACCUGGGACUACAUCCACUACACGGACAACCGCUCCACCCUGGACCUGCUCGCGCGCAAGCCCAUGAGCAUCAUCUCCCUCUUGGAUGAAGAGAGCCGCUUCCCAAAGGGAACAGACAUCACCAUGCUGCAAAAAUUUAAGGAUGUCCAUGCCAACAACAAGGCCUUCCUGCAACCCAAGACCAUCCAUGAUGUCCAAUUUGGCAUUGCCCAUUUUGCUGGCGAGGUGUAUUACAAGACCGAGGGUUUCCUGGAGAAGAAUCGAGACCUUCUGAGUACAGAUAUCCUUGCCCUGGUCCACUCUUCCAAAAACAAGUUCCUGAAGGAGAUCUUCAAGCUGGAAGCUGUAGAGACCAAGCUGGGUGGUGGAACUAUCAACAAGGCCAAGGGCAGGGACCAAUUCUUCAAGUCUGCAGAAUCCACCAAGCGGCCCUCCACCCUGGCAGGCCAGUUCAAGCAAUCCUUGGAUCAGCUCAUGAAAAUCCUGACCACCUGCCAACCCUACUUCAUCCGCUGCAUCAAACCCAAUGAGUACAAGAAGCCACUGCUUUUCGACCGAAAGCUGUGCAUCCAGCAGCUACGCUACUCGGGCAUGAUGGAGACGGUGCAGAUCCGCAAAUCGGGCUUUCCCAUCAGAUACACAUUUGAAGAGUUCUCACAGAGGUUCAAAGUCCUGCUGCCCAGCCUCGUGCGGAUGCAGCUUCACGACAAGUUCCGCCAGGCGGCCCUGCGUAUUGCUGACAUGUUUCUGGGCGCAGACAAAGACUGGAAAAUGGGAAAGACCAAAAUUUUCCUGAAGGACCAUCAAGACACUCUGCUGGAAGUUCAGAGGAAUAAGACCCUAGAUACCUCGGCCAUCACCAUCCAGAGGGUCCUGCGCGGAUACAAACACAGGAAGGAGUUCUUGAGGCAGAAACAGGCCGCUGUGACAGUCCAGGCCAACUGGAGAGGCUUCUUAACUCGGCGAAAUUUCAAGCUGAUCCUCCUAGGCUUUGAGCGCCUGCAGGCAAUUGUCCGGAGCAGCCUGCUGGCAAAGCAGUACCAAGUGAUGCAGGAGAGGAUGGUCCGCCUGCAGGCCUUGUGUCGGGGCUACCUGAUCCGUCGUGCGGUCCAGGACAAGAAGAGGGCAUUGGUGGUCAUCCAGGCGCAUGCCCGAGGCAUGGCUGCUCGGCGUAACUUCCAGAGGAAGAAAGCAAGUGAACAUCUGUUCGUCCCCAUUGCCCAGCAGCAGGACUCAAGUGUUCUUCCUACCAAGAAGCGUGAGUCCAUCUACGACCCCCUCACUGAUACUGAGAUGGUGGAGAAAGUGUUUGGCUUCCUCCCUUUGAUAAUUGGGGGUCAAGAAGACCAGACCUCACCAAGCUUUGAGGAUCUGGAAACAGAGACCGAGCAGCUACCCGAGGUGGACCUGGACACAGUCCCGAUGGCCGAGGAGCUCGAUACAGAGGUGGACAGUGUCGAUGGACAGUACACCUUCCCCAAAUUCGCUGCCAUCUACUUUCAGAAAUCGGCCAGCCACACCUACCUCCGGCGGCCCCUGCAGCACCCUCUGCUCUACCAUGAGGAUGACACGGACUGCUUGGUUUCACUGACCAUCUGGACCAUCAUCCUGAGAUUCAUGGGGGACCUCCCGGAGCCGGUGAUCCUUCCUGGGACCAACCCGCCCGACAGCACAGUGAAGCCCAAUCACAAGGACAGAGGGACCAAGAGCAUCUCCGUGAAGUUGAAGAAUUCCUCCCGGACCACAGGCCAGGUGGCCAGUCAGCUGAGCACUGAGAAGCAGCCAUAUGAGCCCAACAGCCUUACCUCAGACGGACCCAUGUCCAACCUGGAGAAGGUUCACUUCAUUGUGACCCAUGCCAUCCUGCGGCCCAACCUCAGGGACGAGGUUUACUGUCAGAUCUGCAAGCAGCUCUCAGAGAACUUCAAGACCAGCAGCUUGGCCCGGGGCUGGAUCCUGCUUAGCCUCUGCUUAGGCUGCUUCCCACCCUCCGAGAGGCUCGUGAAGUAUUUGAUGAACUUCAUUAACCAAGGGCCAGCAGGCUAUGGAGACUUCUGUGCCGAGCGCCUGAGACGGACCUAUGCCAAUGGGGUGCGCCUGGAACCCCCCACCUGGCUGGAGCUACAGGCUGUCAAGACCAAGAAGCACAUCCCAGUCAAUGUCAUCUUGGUGAUGGGAGAGAGCGUGACCAUCACAGUGGACUCGGCCUCCACAGCGAAGGAAGUCUGCCAGCACAUCGCCCAGAAACGGGGCCUCCGUGACCACCUGGGCUUUUCCCUGCAUAUGGCUGUGUACAACAAGUUUUGGUCCCUGGGCAGUGGGCACGACCACGUGAUGGAUGCCGUCGCCCAGUGCGAGCAGCUGGCUCGAGAGCGGGGCGAGAGUGAAUGUCAGUCUCCCUGGCGCAUCUACCUCCGGAAGGAGUUCUUCACCCCCUGGCACGACUCCAGCGAGGACCCUGUCAGCACCAAGCUCAUUUACCGCCAAGUCCUCCACGGAGUGUGGUCCGGCGAGUACAGCUUCGAAAGAGAGGAAGACCUGCUGGGGCUCCUGGCUCGGCACUGCUAUGUGCAGCUUGGCAGCGGCACCUCGACCGGGAAUGCGGCCAUCCAGGAACUGCUGCCCACCUGCGUCCCCACCAAGCUGUACAGGAGCAAGCCCCCCGAGCAGUGGACUAGCCUCAUUGCGGCUACCCUGGCCAAGGCACCGUACGCCCAGAAGCAGGCAGCAACACUGGCAGUGAAGGAACAGGUCGUGGACAUGGCCCGCCUGCAGUGGCCGCUGCUCUUCUCCCGGCUGUUUGAAGUCACCACACUAUCUGGCCCUCGGCUGCCCAAGACUCAGCUGAUCCUCGCUGUUAACUGGAAGGGGCUAUGCUUCCUGGACCAGAAGGAGAAGGUGCUUCUAGAACUCUCCUUCCCAGAGGUCACAGGCCUGGUUACCAACAGGGCAGCACGGGGCCAGCAGAGUCUGAGACUCUCCACACUGCAUGAAGAAGAAUAUGAGUUUGCAACCCCCAGCUGCGUGGCCAUCGCAGAGAUGGUGGCCAUGUUCCUGGAGGGCCUGAAGGAGAGGUCCACGUUCGCCAUGGCCUUGCAAGACAGGAAAGCUACAGAUGAUCCAACCCUCUUGCCCUUCAAGAAGGGGGACUUGCUGGUGUUGAUGGAGAAGCAGGGACAGCAGGCCUCUGACAAGUGGACUUUGGUUCAGAGUAACAGGCUAGGACGGACCGGCCUGGUGCCCACGGCCUGUCUCUACAUCAUCCCGACCGUCGUCCAGCCCUCGGAGCGGCUGCUGAGCCUGCUGGCCAUGUCCCCUGAGAAGCGGAAGCUGGCGGGCCGACAGGGACGGCCUGCAGACGUCUUGCCUGAAGAGCAGCCUCAGGAGAAGCCGCACACUCUGGAGGAAUUUUCUCAGCAAUUCUUCAGGGCCCCAGAAAAGGAGACAAUCAGCAAAGCCACGAUGUCCUGGGCCUCGACCAGGGGCCACCUGUGGACCCAUUCUUCUGAGCCCUUGCGGCAGCCACUGCUCAAGUCUGUCCAUGCCAUUGCCGACCUUUGGGACAUCGCCUACCAGACCUUUGUCGCCAUCCUCAAGUACAUGGGCGACUACCCCUCCCGACAGUCCUGGUCCUCUGUGGAGCUCACGGACCAGAUCUUCUCCGCGGCCCUCCAGGAGGUGGUCUUACAGGACGAGGUCUACUGCCAGAUCCUGAAGCAGCUGACGAACAACUCCAACAGGCACAGUGAGGAGCGAGGCUGGCAGCUCCUAUGGCUCUGCACGGGCCUCUUCCCACCCAGCAAGGUGCUGCUACCCCACGCCCAGAAGUUCGUGGACACUCGGAGGAAGAAGCUGCUGGCCCCUGACUGUAGUCGUCGCAUCCAGAGGAUUCUAAGGUUGGGGCCCCGGAAGCAACCCCCACAUCAGGUGGAGGUGGAGGCCGCAGAGCAGAACAUCACCCGAAUUCGCCACAAAGUCUGCUUCCCCAAUGACACCAGUGAGAUGAUGGAGGUGGGUACCAGCUCGCGGGUGCGGGACGUCUGCCAGAGCAUCACCGCCAAGCUGCAGUUAGCCUCCUGGGAGGGUUGCAGCCUCUUUGUCAAGAUCGCAGAUAAGGUCUUCAGCCAGAAGGAAGAAGACUUCUUCUUUGAUUCCCUGAGACAUGUGUCUGACUGGGUGAAGAAGAACAAGCCCCAGAAAGAAGGGGCCCCCGUGACCCUCCCCUACCAGGUGUUCUUCAUGCGGAAACUAUGGCUCAACGUGACCCCGGGGAAGGAUGUGAAGGCAGACACCAUACUCCAUUACCACCAGGAGCUGCCAAAGUACCUGCGCGGGUUCCACAAAUGCUCGCGAGAGGAUGUCCUCCACCUGGCAGGCCUCAUCUACAAGGUUCAGUUUGACAAUGACCGGUCCCAGCUGGCUAAUGUUCCCAAGAUCCUGCGGCAGCUUGUGCCUGAGAACCUUACACGCCUGAUGACCUCCGAGGAGUGGAAAAAGAGCAUCCCUUUGGCCUAUGACAAGCACACGGACAAGACGGUGGAGGAGGCCAAGGUGGCCUUUCUGAAGCGGAUCUGCCGGUGGCCUACCUUUGGGUCUGCCUUCUUUGAGGUGAAGCAAACCUCAGAGCCUUCUUAUCCUGAGAUCGUCCUCAUCGCCAUCAACCGAUUCGGAGUUUUGCUGAUCCACCCCAAAACCAAGGAACUGCUCACCACAUACCCCUUCACCAAGAUCGCCAGCUGGAGCAGCGGCAGCACCUACUUCCACAUGGUGCUGGGGAGCCUGGGCCAUGGCAACCGCUUGCUGUGUGAGACCUCACUGGGCUACAAGAUGGACGACCUGCUGACCUCGUAUGUCCAGCACUUCCUGGUCACUGUAAACAAACAGCGGAGCUCCCAGGCCCCCGUGCUGGCCAGCUUCUAGGCACCUUUCCUCAGAGGUCCGGACUGUGCUCUCCGCUCUCCCUCUGGACCCCUGACCACAGGCUCCCUCUCCUACUGCCUCCCUGCUGGGGCCCAAAGGAGGGAGUGGGCUGAGAGACUGUAAUCCAAGGUGACCAGAUUUAAAGCGGGACACCAUUGAUGGUGGGG